UACUGAGGAUUGCUAGAUCUAUUUUCACCGCAUACAGCUCAGUCAGUACCUGAAUAUCUGUACCAUCUUCAGCUCACAAACCCUAAUUAAUCACCGUCGAUCAUGUCGUCAUCGUCUUUGUUCAGGUACUUUAUACCCUCCCAUGCCCUUAUUUUCUCUUUCCUAACCCUAAUUUCGGGACCCAUUUUCUCAUUUUCAUUCCCGGCACUCCAAAACAACCCUAACUUCGACUCCAACAUUGCCCUCUUCGGCGACGCCGAGAUCGUCGAUGGCGGUUCUUCCGUAAAGCUCACUCGCCCACUGGCUUCAAGCUUUGGGCUUGUAACGUACAACAAACCCUUCAAGUUCCUCGAACCACAAACUACCUCUCCGACGUCGUUUUCCACUGACUUCACCUUCUCAAUCUCACCCGAGAACGGCGAUGGCCUCUCUCUAAUAGUUUACCCCACUCAUUCCGCCUCCAAAUUUUCGGGGAAAACCUCUUUCGGGCUUUCUCAGGAAAUUAGGUUUCUGGGAAUCGAAUUCGAUACUUCAAUGGAUGCUGCUGUAGGUGAUGAGAAUUCAAAUCAUGUGGGAGUCGAUGUGUGUAGUCUUGUGUCUGCUAGAAUCAGUAAUGUUUCCUCUGUUAAUUUGGUUCUGAACAGUGGAGUGAAAUUAAGGUCAUGGAUUGAUUAUGAUGCCAGCUCAAAAAGGUUGGAAGUUAGGUUGAGUGAAUUGGGUGGUGUGAGGCCAUAUAAACCAUUGCUAACAUAUCCAAUUGAUUUGUCAGAAAUGUGGAAAGGGGAAGAGGUUUUUGUGGGUAUAAGUUCAUCUAGUGGCAAUUCAUCACAGACUAGCAGUGUGUAUUCAUGGAAAUUUAGGGUAAGGAAUGUCCAGAGUUGGAUGCAUUCUCAACCGGUUGAUCCACGGGGAUAUUCUAAACCAGGCAGUGAGCAGAAAACAGCCCACAAGAAAAGCUUUUGUCCUUUGGGAAUUCUGCCAGGAUUGCUUUUUGUGAUAGGGUGUGGCGCAUUGGUGGCAUUUUCUGUGAUGUUUCUGUGGACGGUGUCUGUUAGGAAAUACACGAUGAUUCCAACUUCGCAUUCUGCGUGCCCCGUGAAUUUCAGGUAUGAAAAGAUCAAUGUAGUUGUAGAAGAUAGCUCAGAAGAUGUUAAGAAUUAGGGUUUCAAGCUGUGUUUGUGCUUUGAAUUUGUGUUCUUUGUACUGUUGGUAUGAAUUUAAAUACAAUGUGCCAUGUACUUUCUAUUGCACAUUCUAAUGAAUGGAAGCCACUUGUUUUAUGUAUCUAUAA